GUGUAAACUUAGGCAUACUUGAAUGAUGGAUAUUUUAGUGUAUUCGCAAGGAUUUUAACUACAAAAUGUAUGAUACUGGAUAGCAAUGUCAAAUAUUCGUGUUGCAGUCAGAGUUCGACCACUAAGUAACAAAGAACAAGAGGAUGGCAGCCAAGCAAUAGUUCAGGUCAAGGAAAAUGUAGUCCGGAUCGAAAAUAUUAAGGUCCGUGGAGUUCCAGAGUUUGGUGAUACAGCUCGUGCACGUGCCCGCGACUUCACAUUCGACCAUGUGUACGACAGUGUACAAGGCAACGCUCCAUGCGCAUCGCAGGCUCAGGUCUUCAAUGAUCUUGGUGCAGAGGUUCUCCACAAUGCGUUGGCCGGGUUUAACGCCUGCGUGUUCGCGUACGGGCAGACGGGCUCUGGCAAGACACACACAAUGAUGGGAUAUCCGGGUGACGUAGGGCUCAUUCCAAGAAUUUGUGAGGGUUUAUUUGAGCAUAUCCAAGACAGCGGAGAUGACCAUGUCACUAGUCGUAUCGACAUCAGCUACUUUGAGAUUUACAACGAGCGUGUACGGGACCUUCUCCAGCCCGAUCUGCUACGACAGAAUGAAAACUACUCGCUUAAAGUCAGGGAACAUCCGAAGGAAGGACCAUAUGUCAAAGGGUUGUCAUGGCAUCGUGUGAAGAACAACGAAGAAAUCCAGGCAUUACUGGAGAAGGGAAAUGAACACAGAGUCACAGCAGAGACGUACAUGCAUGACCAGAGUUCCCGAAGCCACGCGAUUGUUACCAUCAACUUUACACAGGCUCGCCUGGAGGAAAACCGUCCCAGUGAGAUUGUCAGCAAAAUCAACCUUGUCGAUCUGGCUGGAGGUACCCGACGUGCAGAUCCAAGCUCAAAACCCGACUUCAGGAAGCGACUCACAGAGGGGGCCAAUAUCAACAAGUCACUUGUCACUCUCGGAUAUGUCAUCAAAACUCUAGCUGAGCGAUCACUCCUGUCUUGGGAAACAGAUGACAUGGGCUCACUCCAGAGUUUUUCUGCCAGUGGGGGAGGGGAGUCCCAGGCUAGCUCCACCCCAGGACCAAAUAAACAACGCAUGCCUUACAUUCCAUAUAGAGACUCUGUCCUUACUUGGUUGCUUAAAGACAGCCUCGGGGGAAACGCUAAAACCAUCAUGAUUGCCACCAUUACUCCUGCCAGCCAGUAUUACAGUGAAAGUAUUAGCACACUUCGAUACGCCCAGCGUGCCAAAAAUAUCAUCAACAAACCACACAUAAACGAGGACAGCAAUGUAGCGCUGAUUCGAGAACUCAGGAAGGAAAUUGGAAGACUCCAUGGAAUGUUGGCAUCAGCUCAGAAGGCCGGGACAAUAGUCAGUCUUCCAGAAGCAGACAAUGCUGAUAUAGCGGAGAAGCUCCAUGAAAAUGAGGAAAUGGCGGCGCAACUAAUCCAAUCCUGGAUGGGUAAAUGGUCCUCUACACAUGAUAUCAUGAAGGAGUCUGACUUAAGCAUCAGAGGACUACGCAAUCGGUCGAGCUCAAUGGGGGUGAUGAUCGACUCUCAACUCCCGUACCUAGUCGGCAUGGACGAUGAUGUUCUCAGCACUGGCAUUGUCAUCUUUCAUCUCAAAGAGGGAGAGACGUUGGUUGGUCGAGGGGAUGCCGACGCACAGAGGGACAUAGUUUUGGAGGGCCCUGGUAUAGAGAUUGAGCACUGUGCGAUAGAGAAUGCAACAGGGGAGGUAAUACUGAGGCCCGGCCAGGGGGCCCUGUGUUCUGUCAAUGGUCAGGAAUGUACACAACCAACAAAACUCUCUCAGGGAGAUUAUGUGAUACUUGGGGGAAAUCAGGUCUUCCGUUUCAACAAUCCUGCUGAGGCUGCCAAACUCAGGGAAAACAGACAAAGUCAAGGCAGCCUCAAUACGCUUGGUGUAGGCUACCCCUCCUACAGCGGGCUCUCUCGGGCGAGCAGCUACAGCUCCAUUGGUGGAGAUGACUCAAACUAUCUAAGCCCGCAGUCUCAACUGGCACGGUCAUACCCAAAUUAUGCUGCCCAAGAUUUGUGCCAAGACCUUGAACGACGUUACCAGAGUGAACAAGAGAGGAUUGAGCAAGCAAGGACGGAACUUGAACAACUUAAAAGUGAGCACGAGCGUGCAGAAGAGGCUCGUCAACUUCGGGAAGAGGAAAUGUACGCAGCGCAUGAGCAGCAUCGUGCGGAUAUCGAGGACCAGAAACAUCAGCUUUUACGACUUGUGGAGGAAAAUGAGCGUGCACGUGAAAAAGCAAAGGAAGAGUUGCAGCUCGCACGGGAAAGUCUUGCAAAGGAGAGGGAGGCUUUUCAGAAACAUUUAGAUGGGGAGCGUCAGAAACUUCGUGAACAGCAAAAACUAGAACAACAACAACAACAACAGGGGUCCCAGGGGUCGAUAUCAAUACAAACAGAUCCCUUGUGCACAACGACGACCUGUGUGGGGUCAGAUGAUGGGCUAAGCAGUGGACACAAGGAAAUGGGGGUGGGGCCUAACCCGGGGGUAGAUGAAGAAGAUGGGCUGAUUUUGGCCAAAGAUGUGACAGUAUUCAGAGAGGGCAGAAAGAUGUCAACUAAAGAACAGCUUGCUGAACUUGAUCAGGAGGAAUUUUCCCGCAGGAUGUCGUAUCGUGAGACGGAGGAAAGUCUCGCAUUUCAACAGGAGGACAUAGAAGACAGCUAUGGUCAGACGCAGCAGCAAAUCCAGGCUAGAAUCAGGAAGAUACAGGAAAUGGAGGAAGAAUACAAAGAACUUGACAAAGCACAUCUGCAGGAUAUAACUACUCAGUCAGAGCAUGUCCGUGACCUUCAUCGCAAAGAGGUUCAACUAGAGGUUUACAUCCAGGAGAAUGAGGAAUUGAUAUCCGUACAGACUGACGUGCCCCACCCCCUCCGCUCCGCGACAAGUGAGAUGACCCUCCUCGACCCCAACUUACAACACCCGGCCCUGAGGCUCGCUCCACAGAAGACUACCAGUAUGCACGAUAUUCAGGGUGGUGAUCUUGAGGGGCCUCCAUUUUCCCCCAGGUCAAGGCAAAUUCAAAGGUCAUCUAGUGCAGAAUCUCAUGAGAGUUCACUGAGUGACUUUAACAAAGAAGAAAGAACUCAGAGUGAUAAUAGGGGUGUUAAAAAGACCAGAGAUGGAAAGAUUUCUCAUGACAAAAGCAGAGAAAAAACUCAAGACAAAGAACUAUCACAUGACAAUGAAAUGGCACAGGACAUAGAAAAAGACUUGAAAAUGUCAUCAAAAGCUAAGGAAGUAACAAGCAGACUAUAUAGGCCGCCUGAGCCUAAGUUUAAAUAUGUUCCUAAAGCUAAGGAAAAGGAACCUCUUCCUGUUCCAAGAACAAAGCUAUCCAGAGAUAAGGGUGAGCCAAAAUCAAGAGAAGGUCCAUUGAAAGCAUUCAGAGACAAUAUAAGAGCAAAGAGUGAGUCUCCUCAAAGAGUUACAAGUAAAAGAAUGAACCAGUCACCAGCUAAAGAAAUACAACCAAAGAAAAGAUCUGGAAGUGCCCCCAUUACGGAUACUUCUACAGGUAAAAAAUCUAGCGUUGACCAAAAGAGUAGUGAAAAAGACAAAAAUCAAAAACCUUUAGGCAGAGGUACCGGUAAAAAUGAUAACAAAUCGCCAUCUCAAUCACCAUCUCAAUCUCAGGCAAGAAAAUCAGGUACAAAAUCUCCAGACAGGUUUAAUGUGUUAGGUCUAGGUAGACUUGGUGCAUCUCCUAUUAGACAGAUGACAAGUGCUACUAGUCUUGCAAGUGUUCCGGAAUCUGUUGAUGAAAUAGAUGAUCCCAUGUCUCCAAGAAACGCAGAUUUUGGAACAGUUCCUUUUGUUGUAAAAAAAAGAGUGAGGAAAGGUAGAGCAACAUUUGAUGAUGAUGAAUUCCGGUGUCAUUCUGCUCCAGAUUCUCAGGGAAUGGCACAGGCAUUUGAUGACUAUGCUGAGCAAAUGGACACUGAUGAACUAAACAAAACUGAUGGCCAUGUUAGUUCACUUCUUGGUGCCUCUAUAUCCUUUGAUGAAUCAGAAAUGGUUUCAAGUUUGGAAGACUCUGAACAGUGGAUAGAAAGUGGUGACAUUGGUGAAAACCAUACUACAGAAACUGUUAAAACAUCAGAUGAGAACAAUUUGAAUAAAAAUAGAGAGUUAGAAGUAGAAGCAGAUGUUAUUGAGAGUUCAAAUUUAGGGACUGUUUCCAAUGCACCUGUGAUUAAAUCAAAGAUGUCAAAGAAGGCAAUGGAUGAUGGUCAUUUUUCAGAUGAUUCCCUUGGUUCUGAUAUCAGUGCUGAUUCUUUAGACGAACAAGGGGAUAUAAGACUAACACAAAGUCUUCCUGCAGAUUUCUUUAGUGUCGAUAAGUCCAUGUCAGAUGAUUCAUUAGGUGAAAAGUCAGAUACUGAUGUAAUGUCAAAAUCUGAAAGUGCAGCUAGUUUGUUAAAAGGACAAAGGAUUACUAAUCUUUCAAAAUUGUCAAAAUCAGAUGUUUGUUGUCAUGAUAUUACUGCUGAAACUUUAAGCACUGUGGAUUCAAAGUCAGCUUAUUUGUCCAUUAUUUCUAACGGUCAAAUUGAUAUUGCAAGUGAAGGAACUGAUUCAGAGUCAGAAGAUUCAGUGGAUGAUUAUCCUCCCUUUAAAUUGGAACAUGAAUUGUGUCAAACCAGACCUGCACCUGCCAUGACUGGUAAAAAAUUCAAGCCAUUUUCAGGCUUAGAAAUUUCUAAACUAUCUGUUGUGUCUCUUCCGAACAUAGACAUUGUUGAUGGAACUGAACUAUGUGAAAUAAACUCAGAAGUCCAAGAUAUUGACCUUGAACAUAGUACCUGUGACUUGGUAGAUAUUCCAAAAGAUAUAUAUGCUGAUAAUGGUGGUAAAAUGGAAAAAGGUCACAAAAUGGAGGAAGGUGAAAAUUUGACUAUAUCUAGCCAAGGAAACAGAAAAGAAAUUAAUGAACCAUAUUCAGAGCUGGUCUCUGGUGAAAAGGACCAUCAUAAUGGAGAAAUUGAAAAUAGAAAUAUAAGAACAAUAAUAGAUGAAAAUCACAAUAUGCUUGGUAGGGAAACCAGUAUAACAAACGCUGAAAAUGUGGUAGAGUUUACAAAAAGUGAUGAACAAUUUACAAAAAAUGCUGAUCAAAAUAGUUUUCAUUUAUUGGGUGAAAAAGAAACCAUGAAGGAAGGUGUAGAACAACUUGAACAAGUACAUAAUGCAAAUGAUCCAGAGGAAAAUGCAAUUUCAGUAAAUGACAUUAAUGAAGUACUUGCAAGUGCUAAAAAUGAGAAACAAACAAAUGUAGUCGCUGAAGUAUUAGCUGCUGAGAUGGUGACAAUGCCUAUUAACAAUGAAGGCAAGCAAGAAACCAUAUCUCUUACUCCUGAGAGUUACUUGAUUGUUGAUGAUGAUAAAGAUAUUGAAGUCCUUGAUGUCUCUCACGAAAAUAUGAUGUCAAACAGUAUUAUUAAUAGAGUCUCUGUUAACAUUGCUGAAGAUAUGGUCAAAGAUUCUAAUGAAACAGAAAAUGAUGAUGUAAGAGAUAACCAAAAGACAUAUAAUGACAGUAUUGAAUUUGUUAGAGAUGCAAGUUAUAUUCAUAAACCUGAAAGUAAUCAAAAUGACUCUAACCCUGACCUGCAAAAUUGUUUUUUGGAUAAUACAAAUGUAACAACAAAGGCUGAAACAAAUGGUAGCUGUAAAAUCCCACCAAGUUCUCAGUCAACUGAAUUAGUAAGCAGCCCACUGAAAGAGACCCCCAAUGUGGUUAGGGGAAGUGAAGUUACAAAAUGUGCAACAGAAGGUGAAGCAGUUGAAUUAUUGCAAAUACCAACAAGUUCAAUGUCAACUGAAUUAACAAGCAACCCACUUAUAGAGACUCCCAAUAUAGACAUGGGAAACGAUGUUACAAAUAUUGCAACAAAAGGUGAAGCAGUCGAAAUAUUUCAAAUACCACCAAGUUCAAUGUCAACUGAAUUAACAAGCAACCCACUUAUAGAGACUCCCAAUAUAGACAUGGGAAACGAAGUUACAAAUAUUGCAACAAAAGGUGAAGCAGUCGAAAUAUUGCAAAUACCACCAAGUUCAAUGUCAACUGAAUUAGAAACUCCCAAUAUAGACAGGGGAAACGAAGUUACAAAUAUUGCAACAAAAGGUGAAGCAGUCGAAAUAUUGCAAAUACCACCAAGUUCAAUGUCAACUGAAUUAGAGACUCCCAAUAUAGACAGGGGAAACGAAGUUACAAAUAUUGCAACAAAAGGUGAAGUAGUCGAAAUAUUUCAAAUACCACCAAGUUCAAUGUCAACUGAAUUAGAGACUCCCAAUAUAGACAGGGGAAACGAAGUUACAAAUAUUGCAACAAAAGGUGAAGUAGUCGAAAUAUUGCAAAUACCACCAAGUUCAAUGUCAACUGAAUUAACAAGCAACCCACUUAUAGAGACCCCAAAUGUGCACAUGGGAAGUGAAGUUACAAAAAUGGCAAAAAAAGGUGAAGCAGUUGAAAUAUUGCAAAUACGACCAAGUCUGCUGUCAACUGAAGAAGAAGGCAGCACACUGAUAGAGGCCCCCAAUGUGGACAUUAGAAACAAAGUUACAAAAAUUGUACAAAAAGGUGAAGCAGUCGAAAUAUUGCAAAUACCAACAAGUUCCCUGUCAACUGAAGAAGGAAGCAGCACACUGAUAGAGACCCAUGAUGUUAACAUCGGCAGCAAUGAUACAAAUGUUACAACAGAGUCUGAAUUAUUGGAAAGUUUAAAAAUCCAGCCAAGUUCUCAGUCAACUGAAUUAGCAAACAGAUCACUGAAAGAGACCAGCGAUUUUAACAUAGGAAGUGAAGUAACAACUGUUACAACAAAAGAUGAAGCAGUGGAAAUAUUUCAAAUACCAACAAAUUCCCUGUCAACUGAAUUAGUUAGCAGCCCACUGAAAGAGACCAGCGAUUUUAACAUAGGAAGUGAAGUAACAACAGUUACAACAAAAGAUGAGGCAGUGGAAAUAUUUCAAAUACCAACAAAUUCUCUGUCAACUGAAUUAGUUAGAAGCCCAUUGACAGAGACCCGUGAUGUUGCAGUAGGAACCAGUACAGAGUUUCUAGAUGACCUAGAUGAUUUCAGUGAAAGUCAAGCAUCUGAUGAUUCAUUCAUUGAUCCACAUGAAGAACUGCAGGUGCUGCAAGAAGCCCUGGAGAAAUUACCAUCAAAACCUCCAAGUGGUCCACAGUUGUCGACGGCCAGGCGGGCAACCAGACAGCGCGUCAUGCUUCGGCAGAGCCAGCGGGGCGGUGACUCAGACGGGCUCGGACAGCAUUCUGACGAGGCAAAGAUACCUGGUACACAGACAACUUUAAGCGGGAGGCCGGGAUCAGGGUCGAGGCGUCGGAAGAGGCCCUCCAGUAAAUCUGCAGACAGGCACAGAAACCAUAACAAGCGAUCUUCAGACGAUUAUGAUAGCUCAGAAAAUGACAGUAUUUACACUGAUGACUCUUUAGACAGUGCAGGAAAGUUUAACAAACGUAAUGAAAAAGCCACAAAUGGUUUUGCAAAUGGCAGUCAAGAUAUUGAUGAUGAUUUAGUGUUUGAUGAAAACAGUGAAGUGGCAAUGAUUUCAAAUAGAAAGAAAAGGCAACAGGAUGGACAAUUGCUAGGCAAGGUCAGACCAAGGGCAGAUGUCACAGAGAUCAUAGAUGGUCCAGAUGGUAGGAGGACGGUUGGCAUUCAGACCUUCGAUCCACAUCCAAGACUUAGAUCUGCCCCAGCCGCUAGCUCAAGUGUGAAUCAUGAUUCCUCAGAUCUUGAGGGCAGUUAUACCAGUUGUGAGCAUGGGUACACUAUGGUCACAUCCCCACUCAGUUUGUGGAAUUCAAAUGACCGUCCAGGUAGUGGGUCACAAAGCGAUCAGAACUCCACCUCCUCUGCCGGUGUUGUAAGAAACUUGACUGACCUUGAAAGAAGUCGAAGUAUGACCCCAACUCCAAGGUCAAGCAUAAGGUCAAAUAUAAGUAUUUCGUCUUCUGCAAGCAAUUUAGACAGAGGACCUACAGAAAUGUGGUCAACAAGUGAGACUGACCUAAGACCUGUGGCUAGUUUCCAAGAUGAACUCUCAUAUGUUAUGGAAACUGAGGGAAUGAGUCCUGGUGCUUCUCCAUUGGAUUUCUCUGAGAUACAAAGUCAGCAAGCCUCAGUUUAUAUGAGAAGUCCUGGUAGAGGUGCUACACUAAUACCAAGACCAGAGUGUAGUACACCAAAUAAUACUGGGAGAGUUGUGAACAUGUCUUUCCCUGAGUCACAGAUACAACAAGUUGAACAAAUUGAUGGUGAAAGACCAGUGACUUUCGAAGUAACUGUCCAUGAAAACAAUACUGACAUUGUGUACAAUGUAGAAAAGACAGAAUAUAAGACUUAUCCUCUUAGAAAUCAAAAUAAGCCAAGUAUCAUCCCAGAAAGAAUAUUGGUGAAUAUGACUGAAAGUUCUGUUUCAAGAACUGAAGAUAAAAAGAAAACUAAGCAUACAGAAGAGAUUAAAUUCUAUCAACCAGGAAUUGAAAGUCCAAAUGAUGACAGUUUAGUAAGAGAGCAAUCCUACAGAUUAACAAGCUCUUCAGAAAGAGAAAAGGAGGUUGAAAAUGGUGCUGUUAAAAGUGAUCAAUUCAAAGAGUUAAAACAGGAGGAUGAAGAAACUGUCAAUUAUGUUGUGCCAUCAGAAAAUAAAACCGAAGAAACUGAUCCUCCAUUUAGAAAAUCCACUAGCAAUUUACAACAUUCUGGAGUAGUAGCAGCCACCAGUUACCCAAGUGCCGAUAAUGUAAUGGAUUAUUCUGAUGGACCCCAUAAUGAUCACUGUGAUGAAGCUGUUGGUGGUCUUGAUGAAUCUGAUUGUACAUCAGACUAUGGGACUAUUACCUCAAUCGAUGGGAGGAAAGGUUUUAUUUCAUUUACCUCUGACUCUGAGGAUGGUGAAUGUGUAGAAAUUUCACCAAGAGCAUCGCAUUUAUCAAAAGUUGUUGACCUCCCAGACCUACAAUGUCAGAAUUUAUCUGUGCAUAAUGAAAUUUCCAAUCCAUCAGAUGAGACUGCUAAUAUUCUACCUGUAGAAGGAGAAAGUAUUUGCUAUGUUCAAGAUGUCAAUACUUAUUUAACUGCACCAGCUAGGACUGAACAUUCUGUACCUCCUGAGUUAGAAAGCCAGAUUAUGACAUCUGAUAAUCAGUUGUAUGAUGACGGUGUUAAGGGAUUACUAUGCAAAGAAGAAAAUUCAGAACAUGAAAAUACUGAAAGAGUCUAUUCGUUGGAAGAUGAAAUUGAAACUGAUAGUAGUAGUGUAAGCACUGUUAAGCAAGCACAGAUUGUUGAUUCACGAGAAAAUCUAAAUUUUGCUAAUGUAUCAGGAGAAAAUUUUGAAAACACUCCAGUUGAAGAAAAAGAAGUAGCUAGACAUGAGCCAGAGGUGGAAUCAUCUGUACCAAAACUUGACCUUGACAAUUCACUUCUGAUGACUCCAAAGAAAGACAAUAGAUUGUCAGUGAGCUCUUCAGAUGAUGUGUACUUGUCAAUGGAUCAGUCUGAAAGUAAUACUUCCUCAUGCUCUUCUGAUUACAAAACUCCACAGCAAUCACCCAGGCAAGCUUAUUCAUACCCAGAUAGUGCCUCUCAACAUAUUGAUGAUGUUGUAAUACCAGAUUUUUGUGAAGAUGACAAGCUUCAAACAACACCUAGACAGACUGUGGAUUCACCGAUCCUUGGGCAAGCUCCAGUUCAUACAUCAUCGCCAAAACAACCCAAUGAUGUGCGAACAGUGUCAGUAAACACAGAGUCAGUACCUUCAACUGUGCAAUCAGCACCACCAGCUGUGUCAAAGGUGGAUCACAUCUUUCAAAAUCAAGCUUUCCCUGGGCAAGCAGAAGAUAUAAGACGAGAAAUUGAAAAGAAGAUUGAAAGAUUACAGAGGCAUGUCAGAAGCCUGAGUGAUUCAGCAAUCAGCUCAGACUACACAGAUGAAAAUUCCACUUCACUAUCACCUAGAGGUAGUAGGGUGUAUGACCCAGAUAAAAGACUUAUACAGUCUGAUGCCAGCAGAUUGAUGAGACUAGAUAUUUCUCCCACUAGAAUAAAUGGUAGACAAGAUAUUGAUGCACAGCCUUCGUCAAAAUCAGCGUUUAAAGAUUCUGGUAAUGUUUUUGAUGACGAUGGACUUAUUCCAACUGAUCAGUUUGUAAAAUAUCAGUCACAAGCAUUAAAACCUAACAGAGUUUUGCCAGCUUUGAAUGUGGAUAACAAGUUUCCUGAUACAGUUGUUGGUGCUCUCCUUGCUGUUAAGCCCUACCCAAUAAAGAGGAGCGCCUCUUUGGACAGCCUGUCAGUAUAUUUGAAUUCCAAUCCUAAGAUACUUAGAUCACCUAAACAGAAACCAAGUAAUGUCAAUGCUCCUCAGGUUGAUGAUGCAGAUGGUUCUCUUUCUGAAGGAGAAAGACCACUUUCACCUGGCGAAGUUGAAAUGAGUCAAGGAAGUCUUGAAAAUAUGCAAAAUGAAAUCAUUCAAGAUAUCACUAUUCCAACCAUAAAUGUUCCCUCUGAGACAGCACAAGGUCGGAAAAGGUCUUCGUCACUGGAAAACUUGCAAGGUGAAAAGACAAGAGAGUAUUUGAGAUCUCUCUCAGAGACUAAUAUUGAUGAUUUUACUGAAGAUCAGGAUACAUCAAAUUGCUCAAAUGACAGUAUUACAUUUGUGUUUAUUGGAGAUUAUAGUAGGAGCAACCCAGCUUCAAAUAGAGAUUUAGAUAAUGACAGAGGUGCUUGCAGUUCUAGCGAGGUUAACAUUAGCGGAAGGGGUCCUGCAUACUCCGAGAGCAGUAAAUCUCGUACAAGUGUCAUAUCUGAUGUUGUGGAUGACGACAAUGAACCUGGUUUAAUGCAAUCAGUUAGUGACUAUGACGAACCUUCUACUCACACUGCAAGUGAAGAAAUAGAAGAGAUAAUAGGAAAAUCCAGCAGUGAUCCUUCCCAUAGUUCAAGAGCCAUUGGACUUUCUGAUCAUAGACAACCUCAGAGUACAUACAGUCACACAUCUGAUGGUCUUGUACAAAACAGAAGACAUGACACAGAAGUAGAGGAUUCAGCACCUCUAAGGCAUAGAUUUGGUAUUGAUGAAUCUGUUCUUCCUAUAGCAGAGAGAUCAGUAUCAGCAGACAACCUGCCCAGACAACUGUUGAUGCCAAUUAGAAAUCUCCAACGCUCAAGGUCAACUGGAAUGCUUGCAGUUGGAGUAAAUGAUGACCAAGAAUCAGAGAGUGGUAUAUUCCCACCAAAAGUUGCAUACUCCGAUGAAGAUCAAACCGAACAGUUAUCUCAAAGAACAAUGUCUGACAUUGAUGCCUCUAUUUCUAAUCAAACUUCCGAAGAUGAUGCAGGAUCAUCAGAUGAAGAGCAGUCAUCGGCAAUAGUGAGAUCAAUAUGUAGCAAAUCCUCCUCCAUUGAAGAGUUCGAAGAGGAAUUUGUCAUUGGUUAUUCUGCAACAAGAGAUAGAUUUAAAUAUUCCCAUCCAAGUACAAAUUCAUCAAGCUCGGAAGGUGAAGUGGAUCCGCAUUGUAUACAUGAUCAGGAACAUAUCAGGCAAGUACUUGAAACAGUUCAGAAAUUUAUCAUGCCAAAACCAUCAUCAGUUGAAAGAGGAACAUCAAUGGAAAAUAUUAACCAGAUGCCAGAACUUGUGUCCAUUGCUAUUCAAACAAGUGACCAUGAUAAUGCAUCACAGACAAUUGGUAGUCCUUCUUCAACAGUUCUUCAGCCUGAUCAGAUUAUUUUACCAGCAUUGGACUCUCCAUUCAGAGCUCAGAGUAUGGGCAGUUUGGCAUUGGGGGUUCAGGACCCAAACAGCUUAGAAUUGUCAGAGGGCCAAAGAAAUUGGUGUAAUUUAGGCGAACUAAUGAUGGAAACUACUCAACUGUUAAGAAGAAUCAAUGAGAAAUUGCCAGAUGUUGAUAAAGGCAACACUUCAAUAACCUCGUCCGAAGAAAGUCAAGCAAGUGUGAUUCUCAAACAUUGGCAAGAGAUGAGCAUUCAGACUGGACUUUCAUUAUCUGAUCUAACUACUGUUGGUUUACAAACAGACAAAGAACAAGAUGCCUUAAUGCAGGAAAAUGAAAUGCAAGAAGAUAAGCCAGCACACUCUGCAGAAGGGACACAGGUUGAUUCUUAUUUUAGAAUCAAGCCAUUAGAACAAAGUGAGAUUAUCACAUCUGAUAUGCUGCCUGUAGGCAUUUAUGGAGAGGAAGAAGAAAGAUUAUUAUGUGAUACUGGAGUACAAACAGAUGAUUUGGAGAGAGUUCGAAUACUGGAAAGAAAUUUUGACAAACGUUUUGAAGAGUCCUAUGAAGGGGACAGAGAGGAAGAUGAUGAGCCUCAUGUAGACAUACCAUAUGAAACAUUGGCUCAUGUGGACACCAAACCAGAUUUAAAUCCAAACACUGAUAACAAAAACAAAGAAGAAAUUGUAAGACCAAAAAAAGUACAUAAUGUUAACCAGAUGCCAUUUACAGGAAAGUUCUUACCACAGAUUGUAGCUGAUCUUGGGCUUGAAAAACCAGCAUCAGAUCAAACAGAACAAGCAUCACCUAAACUUUCUCCAAGAGCUGCUAAUGCUACCAAUGACUUACCAGGAUUUACAUUGCCAAAUAUGCCAGAGAUUGAAGAGCUGAGAAAAGAACAUGCUAGACUGAUGGAAAAUCUAAAGAGGGCUUCAGAUGAAAGAAUUGCAAGAAGGGAAGCUCUUAAGGCCAGAAAGCAUUUAUCAGUUGAAACACAAGACCAAGCAGCUGAUGCAAUAAGUGCUAGUCCAGAUGGAGUUCUUGAAGAAGCUUCCAAAACACCUGGUAACAUGCCAAACAAAAAAUCUACUGUUGAAUAUACAACUUCAGGUCAGUCUUAUAACAUCAGUCCAGAAAGAAAAUUCAAGAAAACAGAGAAAAAGAUUCAAGGACCAAACAAAAAUGACCCAGAAACAUCACUUGAAGAGAGCUCAAGCAGUUUAGAGAAUGAAGCCAUCAUGUCUAGUGAAGAUGAAGGACAUCACAUUGGUGAUAACCUGAGGUCUGAUGAUGAAGAGAAAAUGCAAGUAGAUUCAGUUAGGUCAGAUGAGGAUGAAAUUAAAUCAAAUGAUACUGUACGGUCUGAUGAGGAAAAAGAGCUUGACCGCUCAUUGUCAUCAGAAGCAAGUGCUAAGGCAACUGAUGUUAUCAGAUCUGAUGAUGAACAAGAGAGAAAGAAUGAUAUCAACUCUAGUUUAGCAUCCAGUACAGGGGCACAUAGUCCAAAUGAAAUUGUUAGGAUAAGCAUUCAAGUUGAUCCAAAUACUGGCCUGCUUGUUGAGAACAAUACGUAUAAAGAAGACAACUCAAAGAAGAAAAGAGGAAAAGGGGAGAAAAAGAGUCCAGGUUCAACUCAUGAACAUAAAUGGGAAAUGGCUGGUGAUGAACUAAGAUCUGUCUGGGAAAGAAGACCAGACUCUAGGGCUAGAACAGAGAGUGAGGACACAGCUGAAUCAUCUGAAGUAGCAGAUAUAACAUCAGGCAAAACUCCUGUUGAUCCAGUAGAGGCAGCUGCUGCCAGAGCAGGUGCUAUUAAUCCAAUGCCUAUUGAUGAUGAUGGAAGUGACAAUGACACAGGUAGCAUAGUGGAUGACAUUAUUGAAGAUGAGGUUGAAACACCCAGAAAUAACACUCUAAUAAAUGAAUCGCUGCCAUUUGAAGAAGAGAUAAUACCAGUUAGGCAUAAAAGAGAUGAAAGUUUGCCAGUUUUGAAAAGUGAGCCAAUUGAAAAUAAACAGCCAGAAAUUUCCCAGGAUAACCCCAGACAAAGAGGACCAAAUAUUACAAAGCCCUUUAUUAAAUGUGAGACUAGUCCUAAGUUUAAAACUCCUGGGAGGCUAGUAGAAGAAAGGUCAGUUUCCCCUGAAAUUCUUCAGGAAAAUGAACCCAUUUCUGAUGUACUUUCACCAAGACGACCAUUUUCUGGAAUACCAGCUACUCAAAAAUAUCCAGCUAGUAAGAUUGAAAAACCAAUUGAAUCCUUAGAACAACCACAAACAGAACCAAAAAUAAAAGCCUCGCAUGUAAAACCAGCAAGUUCAGCUCCAAGGUUUGCUGAUGAUGCUACUCAAAUGAGUGUUGAAUUUUCAGAAAUUGAAACACAAACUGAACCUGAUUCUCCUCUUAAAGAGAAGGAAAUAUCUCCAGUAAAUGAUAUUGAUGAGGAAUCAAAUGCUCCUAGUUAUAACAUAGAUACAAAGUCAUCUGAAGAACUUAAAGUUGUUUUAGAAGAUUUACAGCAGGAGCGUCAGCAUAUUAUGGAUUUGCUUGGCUUAGCAGGACUACCAAAUAGUUUAACAGUGGAAUUGCUUGAAGCCAAAUUAAAUUACUUUAUUGGACAGACUGACAUGCUGUUGGAUAAUCUAGAAAAUAACAUGCUGCCAGAUGAGCUAGCUGAUUCACCAAAGGAGGAGCAAAAAGCUAAAGAUUAUAUUGCUAAGUAUAGAGAAGAUCUGAAAAAAUCUAAGCAAGACAUUGAAGAGUGUAGAAUAAGGCUAAAACCUGGACUAGGUAGAGGAAGAACACUGGUGAGGGCACGGCCAUCUCCUAGAAUGAGUCCUUUGAGGAACAAUGAAAGACAAGCUGAAUUGGAUGCAUUCAGACUUGAGAGGCUGAGAGAACAACAGGAUUAUGAAAGAUCAAGACAUGGAACACCAACUAAAGGUAAUACUCCUCUCAAAGGGAAUACACCACUCAGGGGCAACAGCCCUGCAGUAACACCAAGAUCAGAUGGCUCCAGAAGUUCUAGCCCAUCAUAUUCACCUGGAUAUAUGACUCCAAGAGAGCAAAGAGCUCAUCUUGUAGAUCUUAGAAGGCAGUUAAUAAGAGAUGUAGUGGAAGAAGAGAAACAUCACAGCAGGUCAUGUUCACCUACCCUUCUGAAAUCAACACCACCAGUUGCAAGACAGCAGUCUCUUGGCUUUUCACCAAAUGUCGGAGAUUCUAGCUCUUAUUCCCCAGAGGGUAACAGAUCAUCACCAGAAUGUAAUGCUUACCAGUUACCCCAAGGAUCAAAUAUCAGAAGCCCCGACGAGAGACCAUCAGGUUACAGUCAAGGUCACCCAAGGUCAGCACCUAAUCCAUACGGAAGCUACCAGGGGUCACCAGAAAGGACAGGGGCUAGACGAGCCAUCCCAGCAUUGGAUACCAAGGGCAAUUCAGAGAGAAUCUUCUCGCCAAAGGAGUCCGAACAAAUUUUGAAAGAGAUUGAGAACAUCAAGAAACGCACGCCUCUGUCUGGCCAGAUGGAAGAUAUCUUGAGGCGAUCAUCCUUCUCCUCCACAAGCAGUCAAAGGCCCUUUUUAAGAUAUAUGACAUUGUUUAGUUCGGCAAAAAGAAGGACUGACCCUGGAUCAUCCCCGGUACACGGAGCCCUCGUACCUGCUUCUCCACAACAAGGCCUUAACACGCCCUUGUCACUCAACCUGGAUUGUCUGCAGGAUGAUGAAACUGGCCCCUACAGCCCCUAUUCUGCGUAUGCGAGGGAGCACAUCAUCCCAAAUGAGAGAUCCACCUCACCCUGUGGAGGAGUGCUGAGAGGGACAUAUGAACUAUACCAUAGUCCUGAUGACCAAUCAGAUAGCUCCUCAAUUUCGUCAUGUGACUCUGAUUUAGCCAAUCACAGACCUCGACACAACACCUUGGAUGAAGACACCAUUAAAAGACUUCGACCAAUCAGAGCUUCCGAUAUAAAAGCUAAAAUUAAUAGGCAUAAGAGAUGAGAAAAGGAACAUGAAAGGUUGGGGUCUUCAGUUAAAGAAAUGUGUUCAGUGAAACAAGAUAUGUUUCAGAUGGGUGGGUGUCAUGAUGGCAAAUUGAAAACAGGAGUGGAUAGACAUGGGAAAUAAACAUGAACGUUUAUAAGAUUAAUACAGGCAUUAACAAAUUAUUAUGUCAAUAAACGUCAAAGCUGAACUGCAUACAAAUAUUUUACUGUAUGCUCUCAGCUCUUGAUUGUACAAAUUUAUAAUUCUUGGUGCCAAAUAUAUAUAAUUGUGAUAUUAGAAUAGAGACCAAAUCUUGGUUAUGGACCAAGAGUAUAUUUUUUUAAUCAAUGCUUUUUAGCCAUUGAAUGCAGCCAAUCAGAGAACAUUAUCUAACUGCUGUUUUGAUUUGGUAAGCAUUUGAUCACAUGAUAUUUGUAUUAGCCAAUUAGAUGUGGGAAGUAUACUCCACACAUAAAAUUGUUUUAUUUUGUGAUAUUUUAAUGGGAACUAUCAUAUUGUAUCAAGUUAUUGAAUACUAAUUGAUAAGGGCAUGCAAAUUGACGUUGACUGAUGAAAAUAAUGUUGUGUGCAUUCCAUGAAAAUGACAAUGCGCUUAACAUUGAUUGCUUGCCCUAAAUAACUAUGAUGUUCAAUUAACAAAAUAAUCUAUUGAAAUCCACAUGUAUUUGUUUGUCCAAGAUUUUACAUUACUGUGUAUUUUCAUUGGUCUAUUUUAGGACCAUAGGUGGGAGUAUGAGUCACAAGAAGUUGUGAAAAUAUUUUUGAUAUAAAGAGGAUUUUGCUAUCUAACACUGAGACAAUUUUUCUUUUUAUUAAUUAUGCAUAUUAUGCAUAUAAAGGAUCUAAAAUGGCAUUUCAUUAAAGUUUAUCAGAAAAAUGCUUAAAAACGUACGCGAAUGUAGCAUCACUUCGGAAAUGACGUCAUUGAAAUUGUGUCAAGGCCCAGUGUGUGCUGAAAUUUGUUUUGGACAUAAAAGCGGGCUAAAAUUUCAAAAACGGUAAAAAAUAUCAAACUUAUAUUUUCACUGUUUAAAACAGUGAUCAAAGAGUGAAAUUAUUUUUAUUUCACUGAUAAAUCUCUAUAAACCACCGGAAAGCAUAUAAUUAAUAUAACACACACAUAGUAAUAAUUUCUUUGUAUAAAACUUUUAAGAAUAUCAAAAAUAAAUGUUUACCAUCUCUGACUCAUACUACCUCCUAUGGUUAAUUUGUUAUUUAUAUACAAAUGAUAUACAAUGAGGGUGUCUUUAGUGGCACCUUGAUUCCAUUCAAAUGGGCAUCUUGUGUGUGUUUUUUAUUUUUGUAUCAUUGCUUUCUGGUUAUGAUUAUAUCAUAUGACCUAUGUCUCAGUAUUUGUGAGCAGCUGUCUAUUUUUAUUUAUUAAAUAAUUGCAACCAUGAUACACUAUUGUUUAUCAAUAGUAAAUUGCAGUUAAGUAUUUAAUGAAGAUAAUUAUAUACUGUUUUAGAUUAUACAGAAUAUCCGUCCACAUAUUUUGUUUGUUUGUCAAGGUUUUGUUGCUCAGCGAUUUGUUUAGGCUUGUAUAUUUUUGUAGGUUUUAGUCCAUCCUUUGUAACCGCUUUCUUACAGUCAAAAAGGCCAUGUCAUUUUGUAAUUUAGUGAAGCAUCCACAUGCAUCUAGGUAUUGAGCUUCAUGAACAAAAAGAAUAGAGGUUUGGAAAGCUUAAGUAAACUGAUUUUUUUUUUCAGACAAUGAUCCAAACCGCAAUCACUGUCUAUACCAAUAAAAAGUGCCCCUAUUAGAGAUCAUUUUCCAGUUGACACUGUGCUGUUAAAUAUCACAAUGAUCUUUCGUUCUUUUUUAGGGAUUUUACAAUAAUUUAACAAAUUUAAGUGUAGCAUUUAACACAGUCAACAUGUUUUUUGCUGAGGAGCAAUCAACAUAUUCUGUGUUAAUACUUUUGUUCCAUAUUCUAAUUUAAAGUCUACCAAAAAUCAUACAUGAAGGAACCUAUAUUUAUGACCAUUUUCUACUGGCCUGAUGCGAGUUUUACUAGGUUUUUACUUUUGCCAGCCUUUGAACUCUAGUGUUUAUUUCAUUCACAGCUUUUAAAUUAUUUUUAAGAAUUAAAAUUUUAUCUUCAAAUUAAGAAUGCUGUUUGAAACAAAGUUGAAAGAAUUAAGUGUACAAUAAAUGUUUUAAUGCAGUCAAAAAAUAUACUAGCACAUGUAGUACUUUGUAUGAAUUAGACUCGUACAGAAACUUUCUACUCCGGCCUUUUUAUUAUAAAUUUAUUCUAUUGAGAUUUAUAAUAAUAGAGCCAGUACAAGUAGAAAUCAGGUAUAAUAUAUUAUGUUUAAUGAUGAACUCAUACUUUGUGCUAGAUUAAAUAUCUUUGACAAAGCCCUUGUGAUAUUCAGGCUGACUUUUAGACACCAAUGCCUUUAAUUUCCGCUAAGUUAUUGCUAAGUUAUUGCCAAGUUAAUGGAAUUGUUGUUGUUUUAUAACUUGUUUUAUAUAAAAGUUCAAACUUGUUGCAAAUAUUAUAGUUCAAUAGCCAUGCUGAACUUGUGUAUUUCUGAGGAAGUUUUUUUAUGAAACUUGGUACAAAAUAUAGUUUGUUAACAAUGCUGAACCUGCGUAUUGCUGUGGAAGUUUUUUCAUGAAACUUGGUACAUAUGUACAAGGCUCAUAUAAACAAAUAUCUUGAUUUAAUAACUGUUGAGUGAUGCCCAAAAUGUUUAAUUAACAAACAGAUAGACGAGUGUUGGCUAUGUUGAACUCUUGUUGAACCUAAUUCUACAUGUAUUUUAUACAGUUUAAGCUACAUUUCACAAUUCUACAAACUUUUAUGUUUUGUUUUCUUUUCUUACGUCUUUUGUAAUAUUUUAAUUGCUGCUUAUAUAUUAUAUAUAUUUAUUUUCACUAAUUAUAAGAAUUUUUCUUCUCACUGCGAGGCUUUGUAACAUAAACUGUAUAUAAACUGCUUCAAUUGCUGAAGCCUAUAUUGUUAAGAUUAUUUAUAAAUUUUGUAAUAAAAAUUAAC